AUGUGUGUCACAACAACAACAACAACAUCAGGGCUCUACGCCCUGUUCUCCGACAGGUCAGAGGCUCAGGGUCCUGUUCUCCGAGAGGUCAGAGACUCAGGGUCCUGUUCUCCGACAGGUCAGAGGCUCAGGGUCCUGUUCUCCGAGAGGUCAGAGACUCAGGGUCCUGUUCUCCGAGAGGUCAGAGGCUCAGGGUCCUGUUCUCCGAGAGGUCAGAGGCUCAGGGUCCUGUUCUCCGAGAGGUCAGAGGCUCAGGGUCCUGUUCUCCGAGAGGUCAGAGGCUCAGGGUCCUGUUCUCCGAGAGGUCAGAGGCUCAGGGUCCUGUUCUCCGAGAGGUCAGAGGCUCAGGGUCCUGUUCUCCGACAGGUCAGAGACUCAGGGUCCUGUUCUCCGAGAGGUCAGAGACUCAGGGUCCUGUUCUCCGAGAGGUCAGAGGCUCAGGGUCCUGUUCUCCGAGAGGUCAGAGACUCAGGGUCCUGUUCUCCGAGAGGUCAGAGGCUCAGGGUCCUGUUCUCCGAGAGGUCAGAGGCUCAGGGUCCUGUUCUCCGAGAGGUCAGAGACUCAGGGUCCUGUUCUCCGAGAGGUCAGAGACUCAGGGUCCUGUUCUCCGAGAGGUCAGAGGCUCAGGAUCCUGUUCUCCGAGAGGUCAGAGGCUCAGGGUCCUGUUCUCCGACAGGUCAGAGACUCAGGGUCCUGUUCUCCGACAGGUCAGAGACUCAGGGUCCUGUUCUCCGAGAGGUCAGAGACUCAGGGUCCUGGUCUCCGAGAGGUCAGAGGCUCAGGGUCCUGUUCUCCGAGAGGUCAGAGACUCAGGGUCCUGUUCUCCGAGAGGUCAGAGGCUCAGGGUCCUGUUCUCCGAGAGGUCAGAGGCUCAGGGUCCUGUUCUCCGAGAGGUCAGAGGCUCAGGGUCCUGUUCUCCGAGAGGUCAGAGACUCAGGGUCCUGUUCUCCGACAGGUCAGAGGCUCAGGAUCCUGUUCUCCGAGAGGUCAGAGACUCAGGGUCCUGUUCUCCGACAGAGGCCGCCCUUCCCCUGUCAUCCAAUCAGAGGCCGCCCUUCCCCUGCCAUCCAAUCAGAGGCCGCCCUUCCCCUGUCAUCCAAUCAGAGGCCGCCCUUCCCCUGUCAUCCAAUCAGAGGCCGCCCUUCCCCUGCCAUCCAAUCAGAAGUCACCCUUCCCCUGCCAUCCAAUCAGAGGCCGCCCUUCCCCUGCCAUCCAAUCAGAGGCCGCCCUUCCCCUGCCAUCCAAUCAGAGGCCGCCCUUCCCCUGCCAUCCAAUCAGAGGUCACCCUUCCCCUGCCAUCCAAUCACAGGUUACCCUUCCCCUGCCAUCCAAUCAGAGGUCACCCUUCCCCUGCCAUCCAAUCACAGGUCACCCUUCCCCUGCCAUCCAAUCAGAGGCCACCCUUCCCCUGCCGUCCAAUCACAGGUCACCCUUCCCCUGCCGUCCAAUCACAGGUCACCCUUCCCCUGCCGUCCAAUCACAGGUCACCCUUCCCCUGCCAUCCAAUCAGAGGCCGCCCUUCCCCUGCCAUCCAAUCAGAGGCCCCCCUUCCCCUGCCAUCCAAUCAGAGGCCACCCUUCCCCUGCCGUCCUGUAUAAUCUUCUGGUCCGUGUGGAGGACGGGCUGACAGCUGCUUCUGUUGGUGACGAUGGUGUGAGGAGAUGGUUCUGA